GCGGUUUGGGCGGCGGGGCGAGGGCGGUGCGUGCCGGCCGGCGGUGCGGUGCCCAUGUCUCAUUGCUGGGCGCAGAUCGUACCAUCUGCGCCGGCUCCCCUCCCCAUGCACUGCGGAGAAUCUGUGCACGGCAAUAGCAGCCAGAUAAUAACAAUAUUAUUAGAGCCUGGAACCAAUAUAUUAUAGACACAUAAAAAAAGCCCCCACCAUGUCGGUUGCCUUUGCUUCUGCUCGCCCAAGAGGCAAAGGGGAGGUCACCCAGCAAACUAUCCAGAAGAUGCUAGAUGAAAAUCACCACCUAAUACAAUGUAUUAUGGAUUAUCAGAGCAAGGGGAAAACUGCAGAAUGUACUCAAUACCAACAAAUCUUGCACAGAAACCUGGUUUAUCUGGCAACAAUAGCAGAUUCUAACCAGAAUAUGCAGUCCUUGCUUCCUGCUCCACCGACACAAAACAUGAACUUGGGCCCGGGAGGAAUGACUCAAAGCGCGUCCAACCAGUCUCUCCAUUCCCAGAGCAAUCUCAGCGAUGCCAUCGGGACGGGCCUUCCUCCGUCCUCCCUCAUGCAGAGCCAGAUCAGCAAUGGUCCUAAUCACGUGUCUAUGCAGCAGUCAGGCCAGAGCACAAUGCCCACAACCUCCCUGAGCAUGAGUGUCAGCAGCCACGGGACUGGGCCCGGUUACAGCCACACGGUGCCUGCGUCUCAGAACGUGCCAAUGCAAGGCCAGGGGUCAAUAGGCAAUUAUGUCUCUCGAACAAACAUCAACAUGCAGUCUAACCCAGUGUCCAUGAUGCACCAGCAAGCAGCAACAUCACAUUACAACUCGGCGCAGGGCGGGAGCCAGCACUACCAGGGCCAGUCCUCCAUCGCCAUGAUGAGCCAGAGCAACCAGGGCAACAGCAUGAUAGGCCAGCGGCCCAUGGGCCCCUACAGAGCUUCACAGCAAGGUUCCUCGCAGCAGUACAUGGGGCAGGAGGAGUAUUACAGUGAACAGUACAGUCACGGCCAGGGCUCGUCAGAGCCCAUGAAUCAGCAAUAUUAUCCCGAUGGACAUGGUGAUUAUGCCUAUCAGCAGUCAUCCUACACUGAGCAGAGCUAUGACAGGUCGUUUGACGACUCUACACAGCACUAUUAUGAAGGAGGAAAUUCUCAGUACAGCCAGCAGCAGGCAGGAUACCAACAGGGAGCUGCACAACAGCAAACAUAUUCCCAGCAGCAAUACCCAAAUCAACAGAGUUACCCAGGACAACAGCAAGGAUACGGUCCUGCGCAAGGAGCCUCCUCACAGUAUUCCAGCUACCAACAGGGACAGGGGCAGCAAUAUGGAAGUUACAGAGCUUCUCAGACAGGCCCAUCCGCUCAGCAACAGAGGCCUUACGGCUAUGAGCAGGGACAAUAUGGAAAUUACCAGCAAUAAAAGAAUAUGAUCCUGUAUCGGAUUAAUUUCAAUCGUAUAUCCAUCUUUUGAACUGGAUGUACAGGCAGUUUUGAUUAAUUGUAAUAUGUUGGUUACCCCUUAGCACAAAGCAGCGUCUGUAUGUGAACAGUGUUCAUUUCAUGCUGGAUAUGAAGCAGUGCACUACUGGUAACAAGACAAUGCUUUAAUGGUUUGAUAUUUGGUGCUGUGUAUAGUAUUGUAUGUUGAUACAAUGCAGAAGUUUUUUUUCAUUUACUCCCCCCCCAACCCCAUUCUUGAUGUUUCUAAAUAGCUUUAGGAUCAUUCGAUCACAGUUGUGCCCCGCUCUGGAAAAGAGCCAGGUUAUUCUGCAGUCUGGCUCGAUACAAAGCCAUUCAGUCCAGGGAGGGAUCCUGCGGUAGGUUACUGAUCUUUUUUAACUGAGUACAUGGAGGAUUACCUGCCAGCCUCCGAAAUCCAUGGCUCUGAACUUUAUUUCUUAAGAACAAGGGGAUGGAUGCAUUCCUUAUGCGAAGACAGUUCUAUGCUAGAUGAUAAAAAGAAAAUUAACUGCAACUUCUGUAAUACCUACCUACCCAAGUCUAAUCUGCCUAAGUCCACAUUUCUGUUUUACAACUUACAGAAAGAGGUUCAACACCUGUAUUCAAGGAAGUGUUAAUCACUAGAGGCACCUUUUAUAGAUCCAUAUAAAUCAAGGUAUUUCUGUCAUGGAAAGAAAUACAGAAGGGAGCUCCGAGCUCUGCAGUGUCAGCCUACUAUGCGACAAUAUUGCUUCAUAUUGUGCUUAGCUGAGAAAAACAUCUGCCAAAACUCCAGUCUUAAAUAUGCUACUCCAAAUUUUAUAACUCGCAUAUACAUUUUCACGCCACAUUUCGCAAGCAGGUGGCUGGCAUCCCUUCUUUAUUUCCCGUUCUUCCAUUGCCCUUGCUCAGAUUUUCCAGCAAGCGCUAUAACCAUAAAUAUUGUCAAAUUUUUGGUUGAUUGUUCGUGUAGCUCAUCAUCACUUUUAUUUUUCUCUUGUAGCUUGACAGAAAUAGUUCAGAAGUAAAAUUUAAAAAAAUCCAUGUUUAUUGGAGAUAAGCAAGUGAAUUCAGCUUUAAUUGUGAACCAAUAUCAUGCAUAUAGAGAGGGGAACUCUUAAUGGGGUCAGCCAGUGAGAGAAUACCUAGAGAGAGAGAAUUUAGAAAUAAAAACUAGUGGUAUGUGAAAGCCAGUAUGAACAACGUUAAAGUCACUUCUAUUCAGUUUUAUAUGUUCUUUAAAAGUGUUUUUAAAAAGUACUCAUAAAGUGCUUAUAUAAAGUGCUGAACAAAACACCAUGUCCAGAUUUCUCUGAGGCAAAAGGCUGGGAUGAUGAUAAUCCAUGAGCAUUUUUUAAUAUAGGAUUAAUUUCAAAUUUACAAUAGAAAUACAUCCUCUGUAGGAUUUUCUCCUUUUAUUUGCCUGAGCUGGUGUAUUUAUGGGAUUUUGAGUUCUAGUACUUUAUAUUUUGAAAAAGCAACACCACAGGAAAGGAAAAUAACAGAUCUCUCAAUUUGUUAUUUUUCCUGUAGAGGAAAGUCGUUAACUGGACUGCUCAAGGGUUGACUGUUAAAUGUUGUCCAAGCACUGCCCUUGCUACAUUACUGAUUUUAAUUACUGAUAAUAGAAGACUUUUUUCAGUUAGUCCUCAUUUCUCUCAUCUUUCCUGCUGGUGUUUUCAUACUAAUAAGUACUCUCAAAUAGCAAGGAAUGGAAAGGAAGAUUGUUUUCUUUACAAUAUAUUAAUAUUACAGGUAGCCAGAAGAAUGCAGUAUUGCUCUUUGCCAGCUUGGAAAUAUGUCUUUUAUGUGGUUUUUGAGAGAAUAUGAACAACAAUUGAAACAAAACAGCAACAUUACACCAAUCUGAAAUGUCUUACAUUAAGAACUUCUUGAAUGUUGUGUAUAUAAUGUAUUUGAAAGAGCACUUUGGAAAUAGUUUGUACAUUUAUUUCCUAAUUUAUACAUGAUUUUUGGUGUUAAUAUUUCUAAUUGUUAAUAACAAAAUGUUUAUUUAAUGUGUUGUCCAUUUUUAUGUAUUAAUGUGGAAACAAAGUGAUGCCAGCAUUUUGACUUCUUCCAUUAAUUGUAUCAUUUUCUGUUUUGUAAUACAGAAUGCUCGAAAAUUGUUUAGGUUAAAUAUUAUCUGAAAACGAA